UCGUAGAGCUUGGAGCUCCGCUUAAUUCCUCGCCAUUCCGGUUGAAGUAGUUAAGACCUCCGACCGAUCAUGGCCAAGUGGUGGCGCUCCGCUGGAACGAACCUUAGGUUGGCGGCGUUUUCAACAGCUAGAUCGGUAUCGUUUCUAUUUUCAUCAUAUCGAGCUGCUUCAUACCAUACGAUCCAAGCAAUCCCUAGAGAGUGCAGCGGCAGCAGAAUUUCGAGCAGAGAUAGAGCUCAGGGAAGAAUACCCGCCGUCGUUUUCAGUCAACAACUCCUUGAGAAAAACUCCGUCCACCGAUCGCCGUCGCGGAAGCAUCUGCUCACUACAGAGCAAAAGCAAAUCCACUCCAUUCUCAAAUCCGUUGAGCUCCCUUUCUUUUGCUCCACUAGGUUUCAGCUCCAGAUCCGUGCUGGUGCCGGAUCUUCAGCCCUUCUUGAAUCAGGAUUCAUCCUUCCAGUCAAAAUUCAUAGGGAUGAAGUGACCGGGAAGAUUUUGAAUAUUGUGUUUGUAUGGGCUGAUGAAGGCUCGGAGUUGAAGGUAGAUGUGCCAAUUGUUUUUAAAGGCGAAGAGACUUGCCAUGGUCUUCAAAAAGGAGGUCAACUGAACAGGAUAAGAACUAGCCUGAAAUAUCUUUGCCCGGCUGAACACAUUCCUUCCAAGGUUGAGGUGGAUGUAAGUAAUCUGGACAUUGGGGAGAGAAUUUUCAUUCGCGAUGUAAACGUCCAUCCUUCUCUGAAGCUACUUAGCAAAAACGAAGUCAUGCCUAUAUGUAAAAUAGUUGCAACGAACACAGAAACGGCAAACAUAAAAAUUUCAGAACCUUCAUGACUACGGAUUCGUUGAAACACAUUUGGGUUCAGAAUCUUUUGGUCUACUAAACUUGUGAUUGAAGAGAUAGAAGAAUAACAUCUAAUCGGCAUCAAGUUAGUGCACUAAUUGGAAGAUGUUAUAUGUUUAAGAUCUUUUUUUUUUUUUUUAUGUCGUGUUCUUGUAUAAAUUUGGAAUGUUUUGCUCUGUUUCGCUUCUUCUGUUUACCGACUUUUUGAUGCACUAGCUGAGAUUUUUGAUGAAGCUUAGGUUCAUAUGAGACCUUUUUUCUGGCUGGAUAAAGUAUCAUAGAAGAGGAAUGUUUGUUAAGGAAUUAUUGCCUCAAUCAUUGUUGUAGGAAGACGAGGAAUAAUGAUGCCCUAGAGUUUAUUUUGGUUCAAUCAUUACCGGACGGGGUGGAGAUGGAACCAUCCACUUUUGGAA